CUUAACAGAUAAAAAGGAGGACUUAUUUGAAAUGUCUCAACACUCAUUCCUUCCCUGUCUUUCCCAGGACCCUGGCAAGUAAGGUAGAGCGCGAUCAUCUAUAUACACCGCUCUGCCCAACUGACCUCCAUUAAUUGCUCUCAUCGUCCAUCGAAUUUUUCCAGUUUGGUACUACUUCGGCUCUUUCAACAUGGCCGACACCAAGAGAACCAUCCCCAGAGUUCUCACGGUUGCCGGCUCCGAUUCCUCCGGUGGGGCCGGAAUCGAGGCAGACCUCAAGGUAAUCACAGCAAACGGUUGCUAUGGCAUGACAGCCAUCACUGCUCUCACUGCACAAAAUACCCUGGGGGUUGACAGUAUUCACUAUAUCCCAGGGUCUUUCCUUCGCGGUUGCUUAGAGGCCGUGCUUUCUGAUAUCGGGGCAGAUGUGGUUAAAACUGGUAUGCUAGGCAGUGAGGAGAACGUUUUCGUGGUCGCGGAGACCCUACAAAAAUAUGGCAUCACUAAAACUGUCAUCGAUCCGGUAAUGGUAUCUACCACUGGAUCUAAGCUUCUGCCCGAGGGCGCUGUGAAUGCGGUACGGGAAAAACUUUUCCCAUUGGCUUUAAUUCUUACUCCCAACAUUCCGGAAGCUAUACAAUUUCUACCAGGACAUCAACCGUUAGACUCCCUUGAUAGACUCAUUUCUGCUGCAAAGGUUCUCGGAGGGAUGGGACCCAAAAACAUCUUACUUAAGGGUGGGCAUUUGCCGUUUCGUAGGUCGGAAGGAGGUUAUGUGCCCGCGGGAAAGGAAGAAGAAAAAGAGACCAUGAUUGAUGUCUUUUGGGAUGGGAAUGAUCUUGCAUUGGUUGAGAGUCCGUACGUGAACACUAGGAACACCCAUGGUACCGGGUGUUCUUUAGCUUCGGCAAUUGCAUCAAACCUCGCUCGUGGAAUGGAGGUUCCCGAAGCAGUCCGGGCAGGUUGCAACUACGUCUCUGCCGGGAUAUCCUCGGCGUUGAUGCUCGGAAGAGGGCAUGGGCCUAUCAACCAUUUGCACAGCAACUACAUCAUGCCUUUCUCUCCUGGGCGCUUCGUUGACUACCUUUUGAACCAUCCCUCAGUGAAACCAAUAUGGCAUGCAUAUACUCACCAUCCGUUUACAACCCAAUUAGGGGCUGGCACUCUUCGAAGAAAGUCAUUUCAGAAUUACAUUGUCCAAGACUACCUCUUUCUGAUCCAAUUUGCUCGGGCAAACUCUCUUGCAGGCUACAAAUCGACAUCAACUGCGGCAAUUUCGAAGACCGCAUCCAUUAUACAAUACGUGGUAGCCGAGACCGUCCUUCACCUCGACUACUGCUCCCGCUUUGGCUUAACCCAAACCCAGGUCGAGGAGACGGAGGAAUCACUAGCAUGUACAGCAUACACCCGCUUUGUGUUGGAUAUCGGAAUGAGUCAGGACUUGUUCGCACUUCAAGUUGCGAUGGCGCCCUGUUUGCUUGGCUACCAAGAGGUUGCCCUCAGGUUAGCAAAAGAAGGCAAGAAAGAUGACAAUAUAUACUGGGAGUGGGUAGAGAACUAUUCCGGAAAAGGUUAUGGCGAGGCGGUGAUCAAGAGUCGUGAGUUGUUGGAGGCCUCCGCGCAGGAUAUCGGAGUAAAGAAAAUUGGUGAGCUGGUAGCGAUCUUCGCAAAGGCUACCAAGAUGGAGAGGAACUUUUGGGAAGCGGGACUUGAGUGCAGUUAGAGAUAAUCUAGAUAAAAUUGAUGACAUCUCAAGAG